AGGGGACAUCAGAAAUCAGAAUUCAAUUCUUGAAGAUUCACAACCUUGACCUCUCAAACACCCCCUCCCCUUAAAAUCUAACGUCCUCUUUCAUCUUUCCAAAGCUAAAACCCGUGCGUAAACGUCAAAGCUAACGGUCAUUUAUCACAUUCCUUUUUUCGCAAUUAUUGUCCCUCUCAAAGGUUUUUCGUUUGUCUAACUCUAUUUCUCGCCGGAAAAUUCCUCGCCUCUGGGAAAUUUUCCUUUCGUAUUUGAGAUUUAACUUUGUAGCAACCCCAAAAGAAAAGAUAUUUGAUUUACACAAUGAAGUUUGGCUAGCUGUUGCUUCUUUUUCUUGGUUGGUGGAUGCUGAGUUAGUCUCUUUUUGGUUUCUGGGUCUACACUGAAUCAUGACACCUUGAGAAAAUUGAGAAUAUAAAAUAUUAUUUCACCAUUUUUAAUAAGAAAACAUUUGCUACUAGUAUUUCUUAACCUUUUCUUAUUGUUCCGUAUAAAGCAUUUUCUACCAAAAAAUCAUACAAAGAAAAAGUUCAUUGAAAGAGAUAUAUAAGUACAAAGCUUCUUUUGAUCUUAUUUGAUUAGAUCUAAGCUUUAAAAACUUGGGUUUUUUCAGUAGCUUGAAACUGACGGGAGGCCAUGAGUUCGUCAGCUUUGAGAAAUUAGGGUUUUCAGAGGUUGACGUGAAGCUUAUGAUUGCCAUAAGCACGUACUUGGGCAGUGUAGGCUUUCAGCUUUUUUAUUUUUAAAUAGCUUGAUUUGAUCACUGUGCUUCUUCUCACUCUCCUUCCCUGGAUCUGGGCUCUGGGUUUGCUUUUUUUCUUGUUUUCUCUCCUAUUUGGGGGAAGGCUAAGGUUUCGUUAGUUGCUUCAUGUGAAGGAAUAGCAACAGUGAGGUGUUGCCUUGGUGGGAUCUGAAGAUUUUUCCAAGAAGCCUAAGUGAACAAGGAAAGGAAACGAAGUAAAAAUUUUAGAAAAGGAUAGAGUGAAGUUUUUUUUCUAUUGCAUUGGAUCAUUGAGCUUGGAAUGGAAUAUUAUAAGCUUGAUGAAUUGCGUCAAUUUCCUCUUGAAAGAUAGUAUUGCAUGAGUCCCUAGGGUAGGGAAAUCCUUGGCGAGGGCGCAAGGCAAGACCUUCGAAGUGAUCCUUGUUAUCUUAGUUAAAUCGAAGAAGUACCUGUUAUCUUGGUUAUGGAGAUGAGCAAGUUUAGACCUGAAUCGCAUGUAGCACAGCAAAGCCGCCGAGAUAAGUUGAGGGUUCAACAAAGCUCCAAUCUGGUUCAGCAUCUGGAGGACUUUCCUAACAGUUUGGAACAAGCGUCCUCAGUCCAGCCGGGGCUAAACCCAGAUCUUGUUCAAGUUCGAAAUGUUAGAAAUGCUAAUUUGCUUUAUGAUUCAACUGUUAUUUCUUCAGGUCUCACCCAUCUCUCAACUAACUCUGACGCUUUACCACCUCAACGAGAUGCAAUACUGCAUCAGGAAUUACAAACAGCUCAAGAAAACCAGCAUAUGCCUGCUGAGGAAUCCUCAUUUUCCCGUGUGUCCCCGUCAAUUUUAUCCAAACUCGAUGCUUCAUCUAAAUUUUCCGGUGACCCACAAGGUUGUGGUAAUUGGAAGAGUGUUGAUUCACAGCAUAGUUGUGAUUGGAUGGUGGGUUAUGCAAGUGGAUUAGCUGGUAGGGAAAGCAAUCAGAACCCUAUGUUUUUUGGGGAAGUAUUGUCAAAUAAUGCAAGGGAAAGCAAUAUUUCUGCAGCCACGCAAUUUCUGAUGCCUGAUUACAGUGCCUACCAAGAUGUUCAACCUACUCUAUCCAAUCUAGGGAGUGAAAUUUCACCUUCACUCUAUCAUAAUGCUCUCCAGGAUGUUGUCACUACAGCUUCUCAGGGACUACGAGUGGCAUCUCUUGUACAUCAAAAUGUCAGAGAAGCUGCCCGUGGUUCAUCGAUAGAUUACUGCGGGAAUCAAGCAAGCCCUUUAAAAUAUGAUAACGCCGGUGCUUGGAUGAAUAGGCCACUAGUGGUGGAGCAUUGUCAACAGUGGGGUGGUGAAUUGGGGUUUUUGGCAAGCAAGAGUAGCGAAGAACUGGGGGCUGGUGCGAGUGAUGCUGCUACUCAAGGGCUGUCUUUAUCUCUUUCAUCGAAUCCCACACCGAAAAUUUCUGGUGCAGCUCAAUUCACGGAGGAUCAGUGUGGUUCUGGUGACUUCAAUUCACCUCUAGAUUCGAAAACUUUAAAGCCUGGUCAUUUGUGUUUGAUGCAGAAAGCAUCUGUAACUAGCAAAGGUGGUGGAAAUACCCUUCAGGACACAGGUGGAACUUCAAAUUGCGUUCAUCGACAAACGGGCCCCCUUGGUCCUUUUACUGGAUAUGCAACUAUUCUUAAGAAUUCAAGAUUUUUGAAGCCUGCACAAGAACUAUUGGGCGAAUUCUGUCUUAUGACCAAUUCGAAGCUUGUUAAAGUAUGUGACAUAUCCGAGUGGAUCUCCGGAGAAGUCAGUGCCUUCUCAGCUGAUGCUGCCAAUGCGGUAGACAUGGAGGCUGGAGCUAAUAAGGGAAAUAACUUAGAGGCUUCGGCCUCUACCUUUUACAGUUCUAAUGAAAUUAGAGUUGAUGUUGGCGUUGGAAGCAGCUCUGGUGAAUAUUGUAGGCCUGAGUACCAACAAAGAAAAGCAAAGCUCUUAUAUCUGCAGGAGGAGGUUUGUAGAAGAUACAAGCUAUAUCGUCAGCAGAUGCAAAUGGUGGUUUCUUCUUUUGAAUCCGUAGCUGGUCUUAGUGCUGCCACCCCCUACAUUUCCUUGGCUCUCAAGACAGUAGCAAGGGACUUUCGGUGCCUAAGGAAUGCUAUCUCAGGCCAGAUCAGGCACAUAUCUAGAGCCACGGGAGAGGACUUAUUGCCCCCAACUACCGGUACUAGCUUUAGCAAAGGUGAUAUAAAUAUGUCUAGGUUAAAGUAUGUGGGUCAGAAAUCUGGUGGGGUAAACAUGGGCUUCCUUGAACCCCAACAACAUGGCUGGAGGCCCCAGAGAGGUCUACCAGAACGUUCAGUGGCCAUUCUUAGAGGUUGGCUCUUUGAGCAUUUUCUUCAUCCGUACCCCACAGACACUGAUAAGCACAUUUUGGCCACUCAAACAGGUCUUUCUCGAAAUCAGGUGUCUAACUGGUUCAUAAAUGCUCGAGUUCGUGUUUGGAAACCAAUGGUAGAAGAAAUACAUAUGCUUGAAAGCAAAGGCUUGGCAGAAGGCAAUCAGAACUUGAGCAAAAGUGAUGGAAAAUCUACUAGUGAAAGAGGUACCAGUCGGCCUAAUGAGGACCUAUCUAUCAAUGGGUCAUGUAUAAACGCAAUGUCUGAUAAGCAAUUGGCUUCCUCAGAUAUGCUUUUUACUGGCAUUGCGGGAGAUGCACAUGAUGCAGAACACUGGAAUCAUGAGAAACGUUCUAGGAUGGAUUUUCAUAUCCCAACAAGCAUGGAGGGUUCAUUGAUGUGUUUUGCACCAUACGAGCAAAGCAGGCUUGAGUUGGGGGGCCUUGGAGCUGUCUCACUUACCUUGGGUCUUAGGCAAGGUGUAGAAAGUGCACAACAGCAUCAACAACAAUAUCAACGGCAGGAGGAUCAACUCAGGCGGCAAUUUGGAGGUCAAAUGGUUCAGGACUUUGCCGGUUGAGCUUAUAUUGAUUUUACUAUAGUUGAAUUGAGUUAGAGAUGAGCUAGCUCUUCCUUGUGACAAUUUUCCAAAAUUUGGCAAGGAAAAAUCCUGCUAAUACAGGGUUGCAGUUCACCUAAUUGACACCAUUUGUUUGUCAUGUUAAAUGUUUGAAUGAAAGAGAUGGCAUCAUCCACUCGUUGGUGCUUGGUAGUAUGAUGGCGAGAGCAAUCAUGUUUGACGUGGUGAAAUAAAUGUUUGGAUUCAAUUUUUUAUGCAGUUUGUGUGGGACGCAGUUUGAUUUGUCUUCGCAGGAUUUAGCUCAUCACUAAUGUACAGAACAUAUCCAGUUUGACUGUUCUGAAAGUAAGAAAGAUUGACAUUCAAAGAUUCAUCGUCAAUAAGUUGGCGCUGUAGAAAUUCUGAGUAUGAAUUUAUUGCCAAACAGUUUCGGCUUUGUGGUAUAGAUACAUGUAAUUCACAAUUUGGGACCAUAUUUAUUGGUCGUAGAUAUUGUGUUUACUGCUGCAUAUAAUCUUGUCCAAGGUAAGGAAAUUUGUCUAUGAAAUAUAUGCAUACAAGACGUUCUGGGCCGAAUCCUGGAGGGGGAAAGGAGAAAGAGUCUCGUGGACAUUUUUUUGCUGUUUGAUAUUCAUUAGCGUAGCUUAUGGUUGCCCAAAAAUCUGCUUGGGUUGUUUUUCAUCGUCUAGUCAGACAG